CAGUUAAAUAUGAAGAAUGGUUUAAUGAAUGGAGAGGAUGAUGAGCAGUAUAAACAGUUUCUCUCUAUACACGCUCCUGCACUUAAAGCAGCCCGAAUUCCUCCUCUGUACUGGAGAAGUCUGUCAUAUAAACUCGCUCAUGAGUUGUUUGAUGCAGGUGAUGUGUUUGGCAUCAUGCGAGUAGAGCAGGAGGAAGAGGAGGAGGAGGAGGAUGAAAGUGAGCGGUGCAAACCCAAUCCUGGUGAUGAAAAUUUGUCUAAAGUGAUAGUAACUCGUGAGAGUGGACUACAGGCUUCAGAUCCUAACAGUGUAUUUCUGGUGGAUCAUGCAUGGACAUACCGGGUUGAGAGUGCUAGGCAGCAGCUGCUGGAGGUUCCUGGGUUGUUGGUCCGCAUGGCCAGUCUAAUGGGACUACCUUUCCACGGUGAGGCUCCUGACCCUGACAUUGUGGAGCUAGUGCUAGAGGACAUGUGGAAAUAUAAUCAGACCUACCAGCUGUCUCAGGGGUCUGCAGAGGAGAAAGUACCAGUCUGGUACAUCAUGGAUGAGUUUGGUUCCUGUAUUCAACACUCAUCUCAACCCUCCUGCUGUGUGGCUCCUCUGUUCUACUCUCCUCAGCAGAUAGCUUAUUCUGUUCUCUGGCCUCUGCAGGACCUGGAGAAUGGAGAUGAGGUGACAAGGGAUUACACUUACGGAGAGCCUAAUUCACUGGUGAGGAAAUGUCGUCUUUUACCAUGGAUACCCGCUGACCUGGAAGGCGUGAGUGAUACGACUUUGGAACCUGCUGAUCUUUAUUAUGAGACAAUUCUUCAGGAGAACAAAGAGAAGCUGCCACUAGACAUCCCAGCCUACAGUGUACCAGAUGGAAAAGUUUUGAAGGUGUACACAGAAAUGAAGCAAGUUUUGGAGCAUCUGAAACAUCCACGGUUCCAGUUCACUGAGCAAGAUGAUGCUGACAUACUCUGGAUGUAUUCUCAUAUCCGAGACUACAGGAAGCUGAGUGAGGAGCGACCCCAUGUACUGCUUAACCAGUUUCCGUGCGAGACCAUUCUGACCACAAAGGACUGCCUGGCAUCAGUGGCUCAGCGAGCCAGGAAAGGAGAACGUACAACAUUGUGGCUUCCAAUGACUUUUAACCUCCAGACUGAGUUACCCCAGUUUGUCAGGCAUUACCAGCAGAGGCAGGAAAGAGGAGAAGAUAACCACUGGAUAUGCAAGCCCUGGAACCUGGCCAGAGGUUUGGAUACACAUAUCACCAACAACAUCAACUUCAUCAUCAGACAGAGGGAGAGCACCCCGAAGGUGGUCUGUAAAUACCUGGAGAACCCUGUGUUGUUUGACCGAGAGGGAGUGGGUCUGGUGAAGUUCGAUAUCCGCUACAUGGUGUUGCUACGCUCUGUACAGCCUCUGAAGCUCUAUGCUUACAAUGUCUUUUGGCUGCGUUUUGCCAACAGGCCUUUCUCUUUGGAUCAUUUUGAUAAUUACCAAAAGCACUACACUGUGAUGAACUACACUGAAGGUGCUCAGCUGAAACAGGUCCACUAUGAUGAGUUUAUUCCAAUGUUUGAAAAGCAGUAUCCAGAAUAUCCAUGGAAUGAAGUGGAGGGGGAAAUCUUCAAGGCAUUUGCAGAGCUUUUUCAGGCAGCUUCGUCUCGCCCUGCACCAUAUGGAAUCUGUGCAUAUCCCUCUUCUAGAGCAAUAUAUGCCAUCGACCUUAUGCUAAAAUGGGACCAAAGAGAAGGAGGACAACAGGUGAUGCAGCCUCAGAUUUUGGAAGUGAAUUUCAAUCCAGACUGCGCCCGAGCUUGCCUCUAUCACCCUAGCUUCUAUGACCACAUGUUCCAGACGCUUUUCCUGGAUCAGGCCGACCAGUGCCCUGUAAAACAAGUCGUAUAACCACCUGAUGUAUCAGCACAAGUCAAAACUGACUUUUAUUCAUUAGAAAUAAAUGACAAUUACAUUUUUUGAGUAUUUAUGGUUUUGUCACAUCUGUAGUCAUAUCAAAACACUGAAAUUAUUUUAUAUGCAUUACUGUAUACAAACUUAAUAAUUUAUACUACAAAAACAGACACCAAAUGCUAGGUUGACUAAAAGUUGCAUUUUUAUUUCAUUUGUUUUUGCAAAAGACCCUGAUGGUCCAAGUCGAGAAGUAUGAACACCAAGCAAAAAUGAUAAAUAAAAUAUUAAACUGC